AUGUCUGAUCCACCGCCGUCCCCACCCGAGGUCCCACCUCCCAAUAUCGAAAAGUAUAGGAAGACAGUGCACAAUGUAGCUCUUGCAGCUCUGGUCGCCUGCCCGGUACUCGCCCUGCUUCCGCCUCGCAAACUCGACAUAUACACCAUACUUCUGAUAGCCACCACGGGCCACUCGGCCAACUACUUGGUGCGUGAGAAAAGUGGUCGAUCCCUAUGGCAAAUGGCUACGCGACAGCAACCUGCACAAAUGCAGCAACCGAUGGAAGGUGUAGCGUCAUCGAGCGUUGUUGGGGAGCUGCAGAAGGAAGCUAGAGCGCGUGGUUAUGAGAGUGGUUGGAAGGCUGAGAGGCAGAAGGAGAUCAAAGAGGAUGUGGAAGAGGGCAAGGAGUUUUCGGAUAUGAUCAUUGAUCAGGUCUGGGAAGUGUGGAAUCAGGGAAAGAAGAAGAGUGGUGAGGACUGA